GUGUCUUAGCGGUAGAAAAAAAGGUUUCCCUAGGGUUACAAAGUUCCAAAGCUCCAAAGCUCCAAAGCUCCAAAGCUCAACAUCAUCAGCCUCUUUAUUAUUUCUCUGCCUUAUUUAUUGCCUUAUUUUUUACCUCGAUUCCAUCACCACAUCAAACCGAAUCGCACUGGAUCGCACCGCGCCGCACCGCACCACACUGCACUUAUUAUCAACCCAUUCACAUCAUUUACACCUACCUACCUACGCCCUUUUAAGCUUUUGUCUCCGCAGUGGUCGCCUCUCGUACUCCAAAUCCUACCAUAUAAAGUCAACAAUUCAAUCCCCAAACUACAAUACUGGUUAUCUUCGAUCCUUCCAAAAUUCCCAACCUUUACAACUUUAAACUAUUUCGCAGAAAUUAUAUGGCUUCAUAUCAACAAGAAGAAGAUAAAUUAAAUCGAAAAUCUUCUAAUUUUUAAUUGGAAAAAGGUGAAUAUUCAAAAAUCGCAAAAAGUUACUGCCUAUAUAUUACACAAGAAAACGAAGAAACUCAAGAAAUCCAUCCAUUCCCCCAUCUGGUGGCUUCUCCAAAUCUUUGUGGCUUGGAAGCUUGAAAAAGAAGUUGCACAUGGAAUCUCACAACGCUGAACCCCACGCGAUAUUAUGAGAGCUUCAAAAGAGCUUAAAUUGAAAUCGUAGGUCUUUCAACAGCUUGUAGAUAUCCAUCGCAUGUAUUCUUGAAGCUUGCUUUAAGCUUCUUCGAUCUGUCCGGAAGAGUCUUGCGCGCUGCUACGGCCUUUCAUAGACUGUGGCUUGCUUCUUGUCAUAUGCGCUUCAACUGUACCAAACCUAUCAACGCUCCUUUCACCUCCGCGCGCAUUCGGUUUCUUUUAUCUUUUAAGUUCAGCUGCUGACAAUCUAUCUUUACAAAUAGGAGCGAGCAUCUGCGAAUUCAUGAUCACAAAAGUAAAGGCCAACUUUGCGAAGGAGGAUAUCAAAAUGGGAAAGUCAUUGAGCUUGGGUCCGAAUUUAAGGUACCCGAUUAUCAUUACCAAAUUUUUGAAGAAACAUGGCGAUCAAAUCUCGAAACAAGAUUCGCUACUCGAAUAUAAGUUUAAGUGGAAGUUGAUGGUCGGCGAUCCAUUGGGCGAACAAUGGGAGGAGGAACAAACAUCAUACGGAGAAUGGGAUAGCCCUGCUGAAGGUACUCUCGAGAAAUGGCUGAUCAAAGAAGGAACGACAAUUGAGAAGGAUGGACCUGUGGUCGACGUUGAGGAAAGUUGUUCGCAUGCUGUUCAGUUUGCGGGGCUUUGUGGAAUGUGUGGAAAGGAUAUGACUGAGGUCUCUUGGGCCAGCAAUGCGCUCGAUACGGACCGAGCUAGAAUCAAUAUGAUUCACGACCAAACGCAUCUCACAGUCAGCCACGAUGAAGCUUCCAAAGCAGAAGAAGAAUUACAACGGCGGUUACUGAAAAAUCGAAAACUUUCAUUGGUGGUAGAUCUGGACCAGACCAUUAUCCAUGCUUGUAUUGAACCUACUGUUGGAGAAUGGCAGCGCGAUGUCAACUCACCCAAUUACGAGGCCGUCAAAGAUGUGCGAUCAUUCCAACUUAAUGAUGACGGUCCUCGCGGUCUUGCAUCCGGUUGUUGGUACUAUAUUAAAAUGCGACCGGGUCUUGCAGAGUUUCUGGCAAAAAUCUCUGAAAUGUAUGAGCUUCAUGUUUAUACUAUGGGUACUCGAGCAUAUGCAUUAAGUAUCGCAAAGAUCGUCGACCCUGGAAAGAAAUUAUUUGGUGAUCGCAUUAUCAGUCGAGAUGAGAACGGCAACGUUACAGCGAAGAGUUUGGCUAGACUAUUUCCUCAGAGCACGCAUAUGGUGGCAAUCAUUGAUGAUCGCGCAGACGUUUGGCCAAUGAAUCGUCCUAAUCUUAUCAAAGUCGUUCCCUAUGAUUUCUUCACUGGUAUUGGCGAUAUCAAUUCGAGUUUCCUGCCGAAGAGAGAAGAGCUUCCGAAAGUACCUACGCCCAGGAAGAAACAUCAUUCAAAGUCAGAAACUAGCACAUCUGAAAUAGCAGUCGAAACACCUACAGGAGAAGUCGCAAACCCUACGGAACAUGAUGGCGAAACCAAAUCCACUGAAGGAGCUAAGGAGGAAUCAUCGAGCGAAAAGCCAAUACUACCGAAACUCAACACACUAGACGAUGAGUCUUCCUUGCAAGAACAAGCAGCAGAACAGGAGAAAUUCUUGGAGCAACAACUACUGGAUCGACCUUUACUCCAUAAGCAGGAAGCGAUUGAUGAAGCGGAUAAAAAACAGGAAGAGGCAGAAAAAGAUGUUGAAGACGGCAAAAUGGAACAUCAUACACACCGACAUGGUGUUCUCAAGGAUGAUGAUGUCGAAUUAACUUAUCUUCAACAACAUCUCACAGAUUUACAUAGAGCGUUCUAUGAGGAAUACGAUAAAGCUUUGGUAAAUGUUCCGGGUGGAAGAGUUGCGCAAUUAAAACCUGGACAUCAAAGAAAAGUUGACGUCAAAAAUGAGGCUGCCGACCUCAAAGUAGUUCCUAAUAUCGCGGUCGUGAUGCCACGUCUCAAGUAUGAUUGCCACCCUCGCAAAGUCAUGAUAUCAGGAAAUUUUCUAACCUGCUUCUAGGUCUCGAGUUUUGGAUGGCUGUAUAAUUGUUAUGUCGGGAUUGGUUCCUUUAGGAGUUGAUGUUAUGAGGCAAGUCAAUACCACCUAUGAAUUUAUUUCGCAAAAACUUUUAUUGCGUGUAUUCUCUAGCGUGUGGGUUUUGGAAAACGGGAAAGCCAGGCUAACCAAACUUAGGUCUGAAAUUGCUCAACAAAUAGAAAGUUUUGGUGGCAAAAUUCAUAAAAAGUAUGUUUUUAUCAUGGAGUCUCGAAGAUGAGUCACUAACAUAUCAUAGGAUUUCAAAAAGAGUCACUCAUGUCGUUGCCUCCUCACAAAAAACUCGUACACAAAAAGUUCGAGAAGCGGCAAAAUAUCCUCAUAUUAAGAUAGUCACACAGCAAUGGCUCACUCAAUCAAUGAGUAAAUGGAAGAAAGAGGAUGAAUCAGAUUAUUUAGUAGGUUGAACACCCGACUUUUUUCAUCGUAAACAUGACUAAUCUACGAAUUAGGUCGAUAUUAGCCCGGCCGAUAGAAGACCUAGUGGUGAUAUGACUAAUGUUUCAUCUCCUGGUAAUGAUAGUGAAGAAUCUUCGGACUAUACUGAGAGUGAUGAUUAUGAUGAUGAUGACAUGAAAUCUGAGCUAGAUGGAGAAGGAGUCAUGCCAGAUGAACCACGAGGUGACAUAUCUCCGACAAAGGAUCUCAAUUGGUCUUCAAUAGAUGAUGAAUUGGCCGAAUUUAUGGGGGAUGACGAAUCCGGUACAGAAAGCGAUACGAGUUUCACUAGUAACAACAGUCGAGCUUCACGAACAAGUUCAAGAAGAGGACAGAAACGGACGUUUGACGAUGCUACAGAUGAGGAUGAUAGUGAAGAAGAGAGCACAAUGGCGAAAAAACAACGAGUAGCCAAUUCGAGGACGACCAGUUUAAAAACAGUAAAGACGCCUACUAGUGCUUCGGAAUCAAGUCUUCUUACACCGGGUGUAACGGGUGAUGAGACUGAUGAGGUAGAUCAAUUGUCGGUGCAAGAGAGCGAUCAUAGUUUCGAGGAUGAUUUAGAAGCGGAAAUGCAGGCUGCUUUUGACCAGCAAUUGGAGGAUGAAGCAGCAGCUGCAGCUGGUUGAUUUUGUGGUCUGCAUACUUCUGGUGCUAGUGCUAGUUUAUUCUACUGUCUACACUGCAUCUACAAUACUCGGGUUGAGGGUAGAAACUUUAUCAAGAACUUUGCUAUUAUCUGAGGGAGAAUUGCACAUGAAGAGCAUUACGAACAAACGAGAAAUCUUGUGUCUGUAAUCAUAUCAUCUCAUCUCAUCUCAUUUCAUAUUUUGAAGCGUGCUUGCUCGUUUAUUACUAUCAAGGUGUUUUAAGGAUGGGAAAUUGGGAGUUGGCAUUUAGGGGUUCGGGAAUACGAUUUCGGAUUUGGGAUUUGAAUUUUUUUGGGUGAAUAGGAUGGAUGGGAUAAGAUGGGAUGGGAUUGAUUGGAUUGGUCUGGUUUGGUUUGGUUUCAUUGGAUGGCGGUUUGAAUGAAGGGAAUUGAAUGAAUGAAUGGAAUGGGAUGGGUGGAAUUCGUCUUAUGCAUUUAGUGGGCGCUUUUUAAGUUUAACUUUUUUGAGUUUAUUAAGUUGGUGAAUUUUGUGCUUUUUUUUGUUUUUCUCUUUUGAGAGUGUGUGAAUGUGAAGUGUGUGUGUUGUUUGAACGUUUUUUAAUGGUCUUGAUGAGGGGAUGUUAGUGAGAUUUGUAGAUAUGUAUGUGUAUAUAUAUGAGAUGUGAAGCG